GCUCGCCCAGCGCCUCAGGCGCAAGAAGACGCCCACGUCGGACGAGCUGCUGGGACGUGCGGCAGAUUUCCAGAGGUACCUGGACGAGAUGCCGUGCACCCUGGACCCGUACAGGAUGGGUCGAACCAGCCAGACGUCUAUGGUGGUAUCCACGGGAAGCAUGAACAGCGAGGCCGGCGAGGGCUGCGCCAACGUCGAGAGGCAGUUCACUGUCAAGCAGCCCAGCGAGGCGAGCGUGGACGAGAGUGCCCUGCCCUUCAUCGACAGCGUCCUCAGCUCGCGCUGGUCUCUGGAGGACGGCACGGCGGAGAUCGGCGAUGCGGCCGAGACAGCGGAAGCUACGCCAGCGGACAUCAAGCCUCGAAGAUCAGAAGACAGG